ACCAAGGAUGGCAUUCAGAAGAACUUGGAGAAUGAAAUCAUCAAAUACAAAUUUAAGACCUCUUUCUUUGAUAUAUUUGUCUUGGCUUUCUUUCGGUUUUUUGUGUUGCUGCUGGCCUAUGCAAUCGUAAAGCUGCGCCACUGGUGGGUCAUAGCGGUCACUACAUUGGUAUCCAGUGCCUUCCUGAUCGUGAAGGUCAUCCUCUCCGAGCUUCUGACCAAAGGGGCUUUUGGCUAUUUACUUCCUAUCGUCUCGUUUGUCAUUGCUUGGCUAGAGACUUGGUUCCUGGAUUUUAAAGUCCUAACUCAGGAAGCAGAAGAGGAACGAUGGUACCUGGCAGCCCAGGCUGCAGCCUCUCGUGGCCCCCUGCUCUACCCCAGAGCCCUUUCCGAGGGACAGUUCUACUCCCCGCCAGAGUCCUUUGCAGGGUCGGACAACGAGUCAGACGAGGAAGGUGCAGGGAGGAAGGCGUUGACAGCUCAGGAGAAAGAGUAUGUCCGACAAGGCAAAGAUGCGAUGGAGGUUGUGGACCAAAUCCUCGCCCAGGAGGAGAACUGGAAGUUCGAGAAAAACAAUGACUUUGGUGAUGUUGUUUACACUUUUGAAAUACCUUUCCAUGGCAAGACCUUUAUUUUAAAGGCUUUCCUGCAGUGCUCUGCUGAAACAGUUUACCAGGAGGUUAUUCUCCAGCCUGAGAAGAUGAUCCUGUGGAACAGAACGGUGGCAGCUUGCCAGAUCUUGCAGCGGGUUGAAGACAACACGAUCGUCUCAUACGACGUGGCAGCUGGGGCCGCAGGCGGUGUUGUUUCCCCGAGGGAUUUUGUGAACGUGCGCCGGAUCGAGAGAAGAAGAGACAGGUACAUUUCCUCAGGGAUGUCGACCACGCACAGCCUGAAGCCUCCGCUCUCCAAGUAUGUCAGGGGCGAGAACGGACCCGGAGGAUUCAUCGUACUGAAAUGUCCCAGCAACCCCAGGGUCUGCACCUUCAUCUGGAUUCUCAACACGGACCUGAAGGGUCGCCUGCCCCGUUACCUGAUUCACCAGAGCCUGGCUGCCACCAUGUUCGAGUUCGCCUUCCACCUCCGCCAGCGGGUCAGCGAGCUCUCCGGCAAGCCAUGAGCAGCGGGGACCUGC